AACAGUACAACAAUCAUACGUAUCAAACGCCUAUUUAAAUUGGAGUUUUUAGUGCAAGUGUGUGCAUUGUUAUUCUUAUUUUUAAGAUGUUUUAGCAUUAAAUAAAUUAUUAAACACCAUAGAUUUCAAAACAAUGAAUUCCUAUAAAAGUUGUUUUAUUGAAUGAUAAAAAUGUGUUAUACUAAAAGAAAGUAUUUUAGUAUCUGUUGUCAUGUGUUCAUCAUAUUACAUAUUUUUCAUUGAUUAGAUAAAAUACUUGUGUUAAGCGAACUAUUUUUGUUCAGAAUGUAUUCCAAUAUCAAUAUUUGAAACUAAUUUUCGAAAUGAACCUUUAAAUGUAGUGAACGUGAUUUCGUUAUUCAUUUUUAAUACAUCAUUAUAUUCUGAUUCUUAUUUAUUUAUCAAAAGACAACGUUUAGUGUAUGAAAUCUAUUUAGAAUUACAAGUUAUAUGUGAAAGAUUUAUACAAAAGAAAAACUUAGAAAUUGUUAUUUUUUUCAACUAACCUUUUAUUAUUAACAAUUAUUAUAAAUAUAAUCGUAGAAAAACAACCAUAAAUUAUUAUGUUCAAAAAUGUUGAGCCAACGUGGUUUGAUUUUUGUAUGGAUUGGAAUUUACGUUUCAUUUUUAUCACAACAAAGUGACUGCACACAUUUGACUGGAACUUUUAAUACAAAUGAAUUUUUUAAAUUUUUAAUCAAAUUUGGUUUUCAACAAACCGAUCGUCAUCGUCAAAAAGAUUCUUAUGGAUAUAUUUUUGGCAAUAUAACAUCUCGUACAAAAACAUCGAAACAUGUAACAUUCGCUGUGUUAGACAGAACUCACUUUCUAGAGUAUUAUGGGAACAGAUCAGUGGUUGAUAAAAAUGCUGCAUGUUCGAUGAUGUUUAAUACAUUGAAUGAAAGUUCCUAUGAUUCUGAUUGUAAUUUAGGCGGUCAAGACUUUUUAAGGAGAGUACCUUGUGAGAAAGGAAAACUUUGUCCAGAUGAAGAUUUAGCUUGGAAUGUAAUAAAAGAUCAUCAAUUUACCUAUGUAAUCCAAGAUCUUUGGCAACCAAGAUUUUGGUACAUAAGUCUAGUUUCGUGCUAUCGUAAUAUUAAAACGUGCCAAUGGGAAUGGUUUAAUGAUAGUAUGACGCUUGAUUAUGAUAUCUGGCUUGUCAACGGCAAUCCUAAUAACAGUGGAUUUAAUAGUUUAACUUAUCAAUUUUCAUAUGAUAGACAAAAUACAGUUGAACUUUAUUUGCUGUUUUUUCUAUGUUAUAUUAUACUUGUACCACUUCAAUUAUAUGCUGCUCGAUUGCAAAGACAUCCAGUAACUAGACUUUUUACAGUGAGUCUUCUUCUAGAAUUUAUUGCAAUUUGUUUAAUUCUUAUACACGUUUUAAAAUUUGCACUGGAUGGAGUGGGGUAUGAAAAGUUAGAAGUUGCAGGCGAUAUUUUUGAUAUUUCAUCACGAACAAUUUUUAUGCUUCUAUUGCUAUUAUUAGCAAAAGGAUGGGCAGUAACAAGAAUUGAAUUGACAUGGAAGCCUUUAGUUUUCCUUAUUUGGUUUUGUUAUGGAGUAGUUCAUAUUUUAUUAUAUGUCUGGAAUAUGACUGAAGUUGAUAUUAUUGAAGACAUUGAUGAAUACCAAACAUGGCCUGGAUGGUUUAUUUUGUUAUUCCGCAGUGCUAUAAUGAUUUGGUUUUUGUUAGAACUGCGCAACACGAUGACGUAUGAACAUAAUACUCAAAAAUUGAACUUUUUACUACACUUUGGUGCUUCUGCACUUGUGUGGUUUAUAUAUUUGCCAGUAGUAGCAUUAAUAGCAUUGCAAAUUAGUGCAUUAUGGAGGUUCAAAUUUCUUCUCGGAAUCACGUACUCAGCAGAUUGCUACGCAUACUGUGUUAUGACCCAUUUAUUGUGGCCAACCCGAAGCGAACAAUAUUUUUUACUUGCACAAGGUACUGACAAUGGCGAUGAAUUAGAUGAAUUUAAUGAGGCACCACACGUCUUAAAUAAUUACGUUGAACCUCCUGAACUUAGUAAAAUUAUAGCGUAAAAUUUUUUUUGUUAAUUAUAGAAAUGUCAUUAAUGUGAUGUAACUUUGCCAAAUUUUUCACAUAACAAAUUAUGACACAAUAAUCUAUUUACAUCGUGUAAAACUACUAUUUUUGCACAUUUAUCAGUCCAUUUAGCUCAUCAACAAUAUCUUGAUUGGUUUCAUUCGAAUUCAAACGCGAAUCAAAUAAUCUCCAUUACUUAAUGAUAAAAUAUUUUUAAAAAUCUAAAAAAUUGAAAUUUUUUAAUAACUGAUAUGACAUUAUCUUGAAAAUGCCUUAUAACUCAUUUAUUGAGAAACCAUGUAUAUCGCCAUUUGUAAAAAUUAUCAUGAUAAAAUAGUUGAAUCAAAACUUCUUCAUUCAUUCAUUGAAACAUAUUAAGCAUACAGAUAUGACAGGAUUAUUAUGCCAUAAUAAUUUUUAUUAACAGACAUCAAUAGUUAUAUUAUUCAAUAUUUUUUGUAAACUUUAAUACUCAUAGAUUUAUGAAAGUAAAACAUGUAUAUUAAUUUCAUAGGAUACAGAUAUGACUUAAAAGCUACGUAGAGAAAUUAAACUUAUUUAAAAGAAUUAAUAAGUAGUAAAAACACAUUUAAUUUUUGUAAAUGAAUACUUACAUUAUUGCUCAAAUUUGUGAGAAACGAAUAUGUUAGCCUGUAAGUUAAUAUUAAUGUUAUAGAAAAAUUUAUUCUUCCUUCAAAGCUUGUAUUUUUAUUAUUACUCAUAAACAGGUAACGUUGAACGAGGCUUGUAAUUUUAAAAAUUUAUAAAUGUAUUUCAUAAAAUUUCAUUAUACAUCGACUCCUACAAAACUUUUAUUGUAUUAUAAUACAUUUUGAAUCAUCAAAUAUAUAAAUGGUAUUAACAACAAUAAUAUGCACAUUUAUCACUGAAAUGAAAAAUAGAAUGAUUGUAAUAAUGAAUUUUUACUCUACGCUUAGUUUUUCAAACUAUCAAGAACUCAAGACUAACAUGAAAAAA